AUGCUUGUGGAAGAAAGUACAUCAAAUCAGCUCCCUGUUGCUUUGGAAGAAUUGAUCUUAUCUCUUAAACAAAACAGUACAUGUGCUGUACGUGAUUUGAAUAAGCAUGAUCUAAUUGUAUGUGUUCUUUGUGCUUUGAUGAAAGAGUGUGAUCUACAGCCUCUUCUCAUUCCACAAGCUUCGGAUACAAAGAAAACUUCAAAUGAAACAGAUGUCCUUCCUGUUCGGAGCUUACCUAAUAUCUGGAAAAAUAACAGUACUCACCACUACAACAUCUCUUUUGUCUUGGGUCACUUCCUUAAAAAUAGGUUUCGAUUUAUUGGUAUUCCAUCUAAAGAUUCCUUAAUAGUAAAUGUUAUUAUAUGUGGGCUGCCACAACAAUGUUACUCCAUGAGUAUUGUGUGUGAUGAUUAUGUUCGAAUUAAAGAUAAAAGCUGGGAUUCUGUUGCAUCUGUCUUCUUCAAUCUGAGAGAUUUGUCUGUAAAGUUCAAGAACUCAAUUGCUCACCCAGUCAGAUCUGCAGUCCUAAAUGAAGAAGGUAUUCUCAAUGCUUCUCUUUUGGGUAUUCCUUAUGAAAUUCAAUUAAAAAUUCUUGGUUACUUAAAUAUUAAAGAGCUUGCUCAAAUAGCUCAGACGUGCCAGUAUUUCAGCUAUCUGUCAAAAGAUCAAAGGAUAUGGAAAGAUAUAGCUCGCACUGUGAUGACAAAAAGUGAAAUAGAGACAAUUGAGUGGAGUGGAUUAGGAGAGAGAAGUAUUGACUGGAAGAAAGAAUGCAGAGAAGCUCUGAGAAGAAGAUGCAAGUUCUUUCAUAUUCGUAAAAUUCGCAGAUGUGUACUCAAGUCAUAA